AUGACCAACAGCGAAAUAACAGGGUUCCAAUCCCACCACAAAGACUUCGACGCAAUCACCGGCCCAACCCCCACCCUCGAACUAUUAGCAGAACACCGCGACUACCCCUUUGCACACGAAGCCGGAAUCUACAUUCCCGAGACGAACAACCUCUGGAUUACCAGCAACCGAUGCGUCGAUCCUAAUGGCAGCAAAAGCGAGCAAAAAGUCUACAUCACCCGCGUUGACCUGAACACCAACCCCAUCACCUACGAGGAAAUCCCCACCGAGAUCCCUAUGGGAAAUGGCGGCAUCAACUACGGCAGAGAUCACAUUCUCAUCUGCGUCAGGGGUCCAUGA